UCCUUGGGCACCAUGCUGACGGACCUGGAGAAUGCCAUGAACUCCAUCAUUGAGGUCUACCACAAGUACUCCCUGAUGAAAGGGAAUUACCACGCCAUCUAUAGGGAUGACUUGAAGAAAUUGUUAGAGACGGAGUGUCCUAAGUUUAUGACGAAGAAGGAUGUAGGCACCUGGUUCAAAGAGUUGGACAUCAAUGAGGAUGGUGCACUUAACUUCCAGGAGUUCCUCUCACUGGUAAUAAAGGUGGGCCUGGCAGCCCAUGAAGACAUUCACAAAGAAUAG